AUGCCCAACAGUGGGAUGGCACCAGCAGCAGAGGAGCUCUCAGGCCAAGAGAUCAUGGAAUGGCCUGGGUUGAAAAGGACCACAACGAUCACAGAGUUUCAACGUCCCUGCUACGUGCAGGGUCGCCAACCACCAGAACAGAUGAUGUGGGACAACAUUUUGAUUGCUACCAGAGAGAAGCUCUGGGACAGCUAUUUCAUCAGUAUUUACUGUUUAAGAGUGAAGGCGGCCCAAGGAGCCUCGAACCCGGCGGGGAUCUCCUACCUCCUGCUCCUCCCGCUCCGCCUGCCCGCAGCCGGGAGGCGCGCCCGCAGCUCGCUCCGUCCGCCCAUCCGCGCUGCGCCCGCCGUCUCUGCCCUGCGGGAGGGGGAGGAGGGAGGAAGAAAAAGAGGGAGGGAGGGAGCAGCCCCGUACCACCCCUCGGCCGCGCUGCGCAGCCCGGGAGGAGGCGUGCUCUGCUCCGCGGGGGAGGAGGUCCCCAGCAGUGCCUCCCCCCCUAAAUAUACACACGCAUAUACGCGCUCCGACCCGGCAGGAGGAAGCGUUCCGAAGGAGAUGGGCUUUUCCCGAGGGAUCCCGCAGGAAAUUCCGUCCCUCCCGAGCAAACGAGCAGGACCAAAACCAGGGCAGUGAAGGUGGUCUGACACAUCCUGGCAGCAGCAAAG